AUGGAGGCCCAGCAAUUGGCGAACCUUCAGCCUGUGUUGGGCGCGAUCUCGAGCAAGGCCGCACUUUCAGCCGUGGAGAAGGCUGCGCAGGACUUCAGGCCUCAGCCGGCCGUGGACCUUCAGCCUGUGCUGGACGCCAUCUCAAGCAGGGCUACAGCCGCAGAUGUGCAGCAGGCGGUUUGCAAUUUCAGGCCAGCGCCUGUGAAUACCGACGUUGACUUGCAGCCCGUGCUGGACGCGGUCGCCAGCAGGGCGACAGCGGCGGACUUGCAGCAGGUGGUGCAGGAUUUCAGUCCGAAGCCAGUUGUGGACCUUACGCCCGUGCUGGACGCGGUCGCCAGCAGGGCGACAGCGGCGGACGUGCAGCGUCUGGUGCAAGACAUGGAGGCCCAGCAAUUGGCGAACCUUCAGCCUGUGUUGGACGCGAUCUCGAGCAAGGCCGCACUUUCAGCCGUGGAGAAGGUGGCGCAGGACUUCAGGCCUCAGCCGGCCGUGGACCUUCAGCCUGUGCUGGACGCCAUCUCAAGCAGGGCUACAGCCGCAGAUGUGCAGCAGGCGGUUUGCAAUUUCAGGCCAGCGCCUGUGACUGUGAAUACCGACGUUGACUUGCAGCCCGUGCUGGACGCGGUCGCCAGCAGGGCGACAGCGGCGGACUUGCAGCAGGUGGUGCAGGAUUUCAGUCCGAAGCCAGCUGUGGACCUUACGCCCGUGCUGGACGCGGUCGCCAGCAGGGCGACAGCGGCGGACUUGCAGCAGGUGGUGCAGGAUUUCAGUCCGAAGCCAGCUGUGGACCUUACGCCCGUGCUGGACGCGGUCGCCAGCAGGGCGACAGCGGCGGACGUGCAGCGUCUGGUGCAAGACAUGGAGGCCCAGCAAUUGGCGAACCUUCAGCCUGUGUUGGACGCGAUCUCGAGGAAGGCCGCAAUUGUCAUGGAAGGCCAUGCCCUCGCCUUGAAGCCGGUGCUCGAUGCCAUCUCGAGCACGGCCGCAAUGGUCAUGCAAGACCAUGCCAUCGUCUUGAAGCCGGUGUUCGAUGCCAUCAGGGCCACGGCCGCAGACGUGCGGCAGGCGGUGAAGAGCAUCAGGCUCGAGGCGGUCCUCGACUUCCCGCCCGAGGGCCCGCUCGUCACACGGGCGACCGUGGCGGACGUGCAGCAGGCGGUACGAGACAUCAGGGAGAUGAACCAGGCCCUCGUGCAGGACUCGGAGGCCAAGAAGCUCUUCGACCAGGCCCUGCAGCAGGUGCUGAGGCGCAUCGGCGCCCAGCCCCUGACCAGGUCCGAGGUCGGCCUGCUGGCCGUGGCACGGCCGGCGCAGCGCGCGGGGCCCACGGCGAGCGAGAGCGCCGCCAGCGAGCACCGGGCGGUCGCGCUGCACGGCACGGGCGGCCCGCCAGAGGCCCCGCCGGAGGCAGGGCCUCUGGCAGCGGUCGUGGCGGCCGACGCGUGA